CGUUAACCUAUCUUUUUGUUAGGCCUGAAGUUGUAGUUUAUAUGGCCAUUAUAAAGAGAGUAAACCGGACGAAAAUUGCGGAUGCCAAAGCCCCAAGCAAUGCUGGGCAACCCGCUGGCGUUCGAAAAGCCGUAUUUCAAGGCAGCCGCAAGAAGACAGUGGGCGUGGAUGAUUUGACAUUACUCUCCAAGAUUACUGAUGAUGAAAUAAAUAAAAACUUAGAGCUACGUUUCCGUAAUGGUGAGAUUUAUACAUACAUCGGGCAUGUAUUGAUUUCAGUAAACCCUUUCCGUGAUUUGGGUAUAUAUACUAUGGAUGUUCUCAAGUCAUAUCAAGGAAAAAACAGGCUUGAAACAUCUCCUCAUGUGUUUGCAAUUGCUGAAAAUGCCUACUAUCAAAUGAAGUCGUAUCGCGAAAAUCAAUGUAUUAUUAUUUCUGGCGAAUCUGGUGCUGGCAAGACUGAAGCAGCUAAACAGAUUAUGCAAUAUAUAACUCAUGUCUCGAAAUCCGUUGGUACUGAAAUUGAGAGGGUUUCCCAAAUUAUUUUGGCGACAAACCCCCUACUUGAGAGCUUUGGCUGUGCUAAAACUCUUCGCAAUAACAAUUCCUCCCGCCAUGGAAAGUACUUAGAGAUGAUUUUUAAUCCUGGCGGUGCUCCAAUUGGUGCAAAGAUUACGAACUACCUUUUGGAAAAAAAUCGUAUAGUUCAUCAAGUUCGAAAUGAGAGAAAUUUUCAUAUCUUUUACCAAUUUACGAAGAGUGCUCCUCAAAAAUAUCGUGAUGCAUAUGGAAUUCAGGGGCCCGAAAGCUAUCUUUAUACUUCGGCUAGUCAAUGUUUCUCAGUUGAUAGUAUAUCUGAUGAAAAAGAUUAUCAGGGUACUAUCAAAGCUAUGCAAGUAAUUGGUAUUACUGAAGCAGAACAAGACGAAAUUUUUAAGAUGAUUUCAAUUAUCUUAUGGCUUGGUAAUAUUCAGUUUCAAGAAGGACCUGACGGCGGCAGUGUAAUUACCGACAGAAGUAUUUCAGAAUUUUUAGGAUAUUUAAUAGGAGUUUCUUCCUCUUUAAUUGAAAAGGCCUUAACUAUUCGAAUUAUGCAAACUCAACAUGGUUCUAGAAGAGGCUCCGUUUAUGAGGUCCCUCUCAAUCCAACCCAAGCGUUAGCUGUUCGAGAUGCUUUGGCUAUGGCCAUAUAUAACUGUCUUUUCGAUUGGAUUGUUGAGCGAGUUAAUAAAGCACUGGUUACUUCAGAUAGAUCCGCAAACACUUCAAUUGGUAUUCUGGAUAUUUAUGGUUUUGAGAUUUUUGAACACAACUCCUUUGAACAACUUUGCAUUAAUUAUGUCAAUGAAAAGUUGCAGCAAAUUUUCAUUGAGCUUACGCUGAAAACCGAACAAGAAGAGUACGUUCGUGAACAAAUUGAAUGGACUCCUAUUAAAUAUUUCAAUAAUAAAGUGGUUUGUGACUUAAUUGAGUCAAAGAGACCUCCCGGUCUUUUCGCUGCCAUGAACGACUCUAUUGCUACUGCACAUGCUGAUUCUGCUGCCGCCGAUAAUGCUUUUGCUCAACGCUUAAACUUCCUUUCGAGUAAUCCUCAUUUUGAACCGAGACAAACCCAAUUUAUUGUCAAGCAUUAUGCUGGCGAUGUUACUUAUGAUAUAAUGGGCAUGACCGACAAGAACAAAGAUCAAUUGGCUAACGAUAUUUUAAAUGUUGUUCAGUCAUCGAGUAACGACUUUUUGAAGUCUAUUUUCCCUGUUGCUCAAGAAAGUAGUGCCAGACGUCGACCUCCUACGGCUGGUGAUCGCAUUAAAGCUUCUGCGAAUGACUUGGUCGACACUUUGAUGAAAUGCCAACCUUCUUAUAUUCGUACGAUCAAACCAAAUCAAACGAAAUCACCUCAAGAAUAUGAUACUCGCAUGGUUUUACAUCAAAUCAAAUAUCUUGGUCUUCAGGAAAACAUUCGUAUUCGUCGCGCUGGUUUCGCAUAUCGCCAGGCAUUUGAUACAUUUGCUCAGCGUUUUUCCGUUUUAAGUGGUAAAACUAGUUAUGCUGGCGAGUAUACUUGGCAAAGUGAUGACAAAUCUGCUUGUGAGCAAAUUUUGAAAGAUACUAAUAUUCCCCCUACUGAAUAUCAGAUGGGUACUAGUAAAGUGUUUAUCAAAAAUCCUGAAACCCUUUUCACACUGGAGGAUAUGCGCGAUAAAUUUUGGGAUAGUAUGGCUGUAAGAAUUCAACGAGCCUGGCGUGCUUACGUUAGAAGAAGGUCAGAAGCUGCUUCUUCUAUACAAAAGCUGUGGAAUCGUAAUAAGGUCAAUGUUGAGCUUCAACGUGUCCGUGAUGAAGGCUCAAAGCUUUUACAAGGCAAGAAGGAGCGAAGAAGAUACAGUAUGUUAGGCUCAAGAAAGUUUUAUGGCGAUUACUUAUCGGCUUCCAAAACUAAUGGCACAUUAUGGAAUACUUGUGGCUUAAAUCCUAAUGAUAACGUUAUUUUCUCUAUGCGUUGCGAAGUACUUGUUCAUAAACUGGGCCGAUCCUCUAAACCUUCUCCUCGCCAGCUUGUUUUGACAAAAAAGAACCUAUAUCUUGUUAUCACUAAAAUUGUUGAUCGUCAACUUACUCAGCAGGUCGAAAAGAAAUUUCCUGUUACUGCUAUUGAAUCAGUUAAUCUAACAAACUUACAAGAUGACUGGGUUGCCGUGCGGAACAAAUCUAGCCCAGAUGGUGAUAUGUUUUUGCGUUGUUUCUUCAAAACUGAGUUAAUAACUACUUUGCGAAACAUCAAUCGUCAACUUAAAGUUUUCGUGGGACCAACCAUUGAUUAUUGUCGUAAGCAAGGAAAAGUUAUAACUGUUAAGACACAAAAAGAAGAAACAACAAACGAUUACGAUUAUUAUAAGAGUAGCACCAUCCGUGUUGGGACUGGAUUACCUCCAAAUAGUGUUAGUAAACCAUUCCCUCGUCUUGCUACUACUUCUCACGCUGUUAAACAGCCUCCAGCUCAGGCAGCUACAAAACCAGCACCCGUUAAACGGGCAGCUCAACCAAAACCGCAGCCUGUUAAUCGAAACAAACCGCCUACGCCAAAACCUCAAGCUAUGACUACUCAACCAUCUCCUUUCCCGGCAGCGAAUACAUAUGAUAUUAACCAAACCACACAAAUAUUGCCUAUGCAAGAAUCAUCCUCACCUGCACCUGCCGCUGCUAAAUCUCCUGCUGCUACUAACCCAACUGUUUUUUCAACACCUAGUCAAGCUCCUCCUGCUCCUCCACCACCAGCUCCUCCUGCCGCUCCCCAAAAGCCCUUAUACAUUGCUUUGUAUGAUUUUGCUGGCCGCAGUGCCAAUGAGAUGUCAAUAAAGAAAGAUGAGGUAUUAGAAAUUGUUCAAAAAGAGCCGAGUGGUUGGUGGCUUGCUUUCAAAAACGGAUUAGAGGGAUGGGUACCCGCAACAUAUGUAACUGAAAGCAAGGACACUACUUUAACUGCCGAAAACCAAGUAAACAAUGGUGCUUCGAGCCCUGGUGUUAACAAUCUAGCUGGUUCACUGGCCGAUGCACUUCGUAUGCGAGCAUCUGCUGUCCGCGGUAGUGACGAUGAAGAGGACUGGUAAGUAGAAUUGCCUAUGUACAUAUAAUGACUUCUAAAUUUUGCAAUUGAAAACUAAGUACUGCUUCUUUCUAUCAUUUUUAUGUUUUAGAUAUUACAAAGUACAGCCAUGUCAAUUUAUGAAAUAAAUCGUUUUAUUUUAUCAACUGAAGUAUCAAUAAUUAGCAUUCAGAUAAAGUUAGCAACUGAAAAAAAAUCUCGGCGUAUCUUGCACAUUCAUAAUGAUCUGAGACAAAUAAAAGCAUGCAAUCAUUACUAGUUUUAUAAAUAUAAUCAGGUGUAAAUCGCUUGGCAGAAAAACCUUUAUAUUCCUUUGGCGACCAUUGAAAGAAUAGCCUGUUUUACCUUUGAACUACGAUCAAAGAGAGACAUGCCAAGAGAGCGUACGGAACUGACAACAGAAUUAUCCAACGCGUAUAACUUAUGAAAUUUAUCAGCUACGCCGAGGUAAACAUGAUUUUUAAAGUACCGGCUUCUAUAGUAAGGCUGAAGAGAGAAUAUACUACCGGGGUCUUGACCAUGCUGGAUAGCGGAAGAAAGAGCGUUUGUCAAAGCUUCAGCAUCCUGUAUUCCAGUGUUCAUUCCUUGUCCAGCAAGAGGAUGGGUAUUGUGAGCAGCAUCUCCACAAAGGGCAACACUUUCCUUCACGUACUCGUCAACGUGUGCCAUACGAAGGGGGAAUGAUGCGCGUGAGUUAGGAACGAUUUCUGAAAUUUGAGGUGGCGUGUCAAAAGACAAAGAUCGUCUCUUAGUUUCAAUUCUCCAAUCCAGUUGCUUAUCUAGGUUAUUUGGCUCAACGAUGUCCAUUUUAAAGAGAUAAUCCAAGUCAACCUGAUCUAAGAGAAACGCAGCAUUCAAAAACUUAACAAAUGUAGGAUCUGGCAAAGCGAGUAAUUUCUUUGCUAGUUCUGGAUAAAUUGACCAAACAAAAGUAGCAUUGUUUCCUGGAAGAGGGAGGUAUGCUAAAGGACCGGUAGGCAGAAAGCGCUGAAAAGCAACUGAAGGUAAAUUAUUUUGAGCGACUCGAAGAGUUCCAACCACACCAUGAGCAGGAUAUGCCCAUCCAGGCAUUGCUAUUUUGGCAAAUUGACGUACUAUAGAGUUUCUGCCGUCGGCACCAACCAACAAUCGCGUGCGUAGUACUCCAUGAGUUGAUGUGUGUAUAGAAGGAGCAUUCGUAUUUUCAUCUCUUGUUAUCUUUUCUAUGUUACAAGGAACUAAGAAAUCAAAAUUGUCUUGUCGUAUAUCCUUUCUCUUUAAAAUGGACCGUAGUAAACCAUACUGUAAAUUCACAUUUUCCGCCAUAAAAGCCAUGGGAUCAGUAUUCUUUGGUUGAUCAAAGUGAACUGUUGAAUUAGUUAUCCCAUCAUAAGCGUAAAUAUGUUGAAAGGGUUGUAAUCUCUCUUGACGCAUAUGUUCCCAAGCUCCAAUUCUUUCAAAAAAGCUUCGACUACGAGCCAUUACAGAGACACAGCGAUUCGAGUAUGAAGUAGGAUUCCAAUCCUGAAUCAUCAAAGUGUUUUUGUUAUCUAAAAUAGC